GUUUGUAGUGACCUUGACACUUCACCUUUCUACUUUGACCCCGAAAAUGGCUAUGGCGGAACACGAAGAAAUCUUGGCAUUAAAGGAGGAACUGCAGUGGCUUUUAAGCGAGGAAGUGCAUGCUGUUCUUGGUGAUAUUCAACAGACCCUACAGGAAUGUGGUAGAUGUUUUCCCAUGCCCAUAGGAAAUCUAGAUGACACAGAGGCAGUGCCUAACAAAGAUGCUCAUCUUACACAGCGAAUUUUGCUCUCUGCCCCAAGCACUGCAACAGCUGGGGCUAUGAAAUGUGUGAUCACUUUGCAAGGAGACUGCAUCUCAGAAGCAGAUAUUAGCUUUAAACACAAACAGGCCAAAGAGCACCACAUAUACAGGACCAGCAUUAAGCCAAAUGAACAGUGGAAAAUACAGCAGGUGCAAGAUGCAGCUAACCAUCUUCAACAAGCAAUUGCUGUGGCGACACUUCGAAAUAAAGACUACAAGUUCAGCUCGGCACAAGAAGUGUUGAUGAUGCUGGAAGAGCUGAUGAAGAAAGUGAAAGCAGGUCAGCUGAGCCUGACCUUGCCCAAGCGAAAGUCUCUGCAGGAAUUGGUCACCAGCAAGAAUAUGCAAAUCUUCCAGCCACCUGUUCCCAGCGAUGUGGCGAUGUCGUUUUAUGUUCAUGGGUCAAAGCUUGUCCUGGCUGUCUACCAUCUUCACACAAAUGGUCAGCACAGACUGGACAUAUCACAUCGAAUGCAGAUGGAAGUGGUAGUGCAAUGGCUGAAUGAGGCAAUCAUCUGUUUUACACUGGCCUUACAGCAGUGUCAACAAUUAUUUGAUAAAAUCUUCUCUGUGUGUCAGUUUAUUGAAGAAGAAAAGAUGGCAAAGAGACCUAGAUGAGAGUUUAGAUGGUUCAGUGCCUUCCCGAACAUCCCGAGGAUGUUGGCAACUGCCUUAAAGCCAUAAUGUUUAGUAUGUGAUACAUUCCAUUGAUUUUAUUCUAGAAAGUCCUUAGUCCAUUUUCCCUUGUGGGGAUGGAAGUGUUGCUGAUGGUGACUAUUUGGAGCAUUGAUCAAAGUCUCAUGUUGAAUGCAGGCAGAAUCUUAGCUGGACCUGUUACAAACUCAGUCACAUUUUUGCAAACAUUUGUACCAAGGAAAUGCCUUAAUAGGGAGAAUGAGGACACCUUCUUUGUGUUGACAAGUCACCUGGACAAAAUGAGGUGCCUGUUGACGCUUAAGAUGAGGGUAAAGAUGCAUUUGUGUGUGAAUUACUUUAACUGUGGACAUAAGGUUUUUCGUGUGUGGCAGACGUGUUACAUAGGGCACAAAUUAAACCUUUUUUGUUCUGGGGACUAGACUUUAAAAUUUUCUAGUUUAGGAAAGUCACUGCUGCUGUUGCAAGCUUUUUUUGAUGCUGUUUAGUUGUGAAUAUAGAGAUAAUGGUUGACACUUGUGGGAAUGGUAGUGAGUGAUUAAGCUUAAUUUUGGCAAUGUGUAUGUGCACACAUGCACAAGCAUUUGGUUAUGAAGAUUACUGUUCCUUAAUUAUUUUUUUUUUAAAUUUUAAGGAAAAGUAUCUAACAAGAAAAUUAGAUCAUUGAUAUUAUGUAUAAUUAUUUUCUAACAUCAUUUCACAUAAUAUUAUUUUACAAACUGCUGUUUGAAUUAUUGCCAUCAUAUUGAUAUGCAUAUCGAUGAUUUUAUUCUUUUUUUCUGCUGAUCUCUUAUACCUAUCAAACAUUUUCUUUGAAUUUACUUGCCAUUUCUCAACUCUUUUCCAUUGCUGUUGUGUUUUUAUUCCUACUUUAUACCGUUUAGAAUAAAAUUCCUUCUUUGUGAUGUUUUAAAAAUAUUUUAUCACUUCCACUGUCCUGCUUUUUACUGAGUGUGACUCUGAGCAUUGUCACCACUUUGAUAUUGCCUUUGAAUGCAGAAAAAUAAUAAGCCUUGGAAUGAUAUGGACACUAAUUAUCUUACUUAGAAAACUGAGCCACUCUUUUAGAUUUGGAUUUCUUUUUAUAAAUGAUGAAUUUUUCAUUCAUGAAGGUAUUUUACUUUUUCUUCUCUUUUCUGAUUUUUGUGACCUUUCAACCACCAUGACUGUGAAGGCUUGCAGGUUAUAUUUAACUUAUUCCCAGAACAGAAGGCUGAUGAUGAUAAAAUUGAGGAAAUAUUUUGUUGUCAGAUAGGGCUGCUAUACUCACCAUUUUGAGAUACCUUUCUGCUUACGCAGUGUGGAAAUACAUUUGGAAAAAGUUACAGGUUCUGUGCAUAGACAAUGAAAUGGCUGUAUGCCAACAGGGCUUGCUUUUAGUUCAGAUGGAUGAAUCUGUACUAGAAAUCUUGUGAUAAUGUUGCCAAACUGUUUGUUCAAAAAUUACCUACACAAUUUUUAAAUGUAAGUAAAUUAGUGUCUUGUUACUACUGCAAAAGUAUGUGUGCAUUCAUAUAUAUAUGCACACACACACUCAUGUAUUAACCUAAGAAUGUGAUUCAUUGUCAGUAUGAAUCAUUAAUGUAUGAUGUUUAUAUUAACUGUGAGCAGAAUCCUUGUAAAUAAGUGCAUUUACUGUUAAAUCAGUUCUCACUGUAAUUGGUACUUCUACAUUUCUGUUGUUGAUGAUAGCAGUCAGCAUUGCUGUCUAUCCUUUAUAUUCCAGAAGAACAGAUGUUCUUUAUCUAUGUGCAAGUAUACUCAAAUUAAGAAAUAACAGUGAAAGGAUACAGGUGAUGAGUGAUUUGUGAGAGGGAUGAGUUUCUCUUGAGCUAGAUUUAAAACUCAUCUAAAGUGAAAACAGAUAUAAUAAUAAUGGUUACAUUUUGCCAUCUUUAUCAGUCAGUAUUCUUUUUAUGAAUUGUAAAAUGCUUUAUUUCAAAUUUCUGUUAGAAUAUGCAUUGGUUGCAAGUCAUCUGUACUUGUUAAAGGCAGUCUUCUGCCUGUCAUUUCCUAGAGGCAUUGAUGGCAUACAGUUCAUACACUUCACUUUUUAAACAGCCUCAUUGGACCUUAAUCUCACCUAUCCUAUAAGUGCAGACUGAGAUGAUCAGCACUUUUAUCAGGAUUAUGUAAGGCCUAUUACCAACUGAGAGGUAUGUAGCCUUUUUUGAGAGCACAAGAUCAUAAAAUAUAGUGUUACAUGACAUUCUUGUACUUUUUGGCCGUAAAUGUUUGCAGCAGACUUAUGUCAUCCAAAAAUAUGGGUGGAUGGCAGUUACAUAAAGAAACAGACAUUGUCCUAAAAUGCCUGUAAUAUUUUCUGGUUCUAAUAAAAUGUUUUGGAAAUAUGACACUUGGGAAAGAAUUUACAAUUUGGUUAGAGCAGAUUUGUUGCAGAUCACUUGUUGCAGAUCACUGGCCCUGUCCAUUCAUCCAUUCAGCAUAUUGUAGACAGGAUUUAUCAGGGCCCUGUCCACUCAGCAUAUUGUAGACAGGAUUUACCUUGGAAGAUGGUAGAAGGAGAGCUUGGGGCUUCACCUUGAACUUGCCGUAAAUCACUUACAACUCAAUGUCUGUAAGGAUUCUUGGCUGUGGGCCUCUGUGAGUUUAUUUCUCUUCAUGCUGAAUGCAGUCCAUGAGCUUUUCAAGGGAUUUGCUGAUCACCAAGUCUUUACAGACUGGCUGUUGCAACAGGCAAUGCUGGUCAAGUCUAAAGCCUUUUCUUUCACACCCUGUGGUUUGACUGAUUAAUACUGUUUGCUUUGAAUUUGUCACAUCGAGCAUCAUUUUGAACGAUAAGAUACAACGAGAUCACACUUUAAGUUCUUAUUUUGAAAAUUCAUAUCUGCUGCGAAAGUAUUACCCAUAAGCGCUGAAAUGAAGAGGCGUGGUUUUUCCCAUCAAUGCUACAUUUUUGAAAACUGUCGUUGUUUCUGGUGAAUGUUCAUUUGCGAACAGUGAGUGCCUAUGAUGAAUAUGAUUCCAUGUUUUGACUGGAUGCUCUCCUGAAAAGAAAGAACUGCACAGCUUACCAUAAGUAAAUAGUGUUUUGAUGUAAACUCUUGUCAACCUGCUUUGUUGUUUAAAGCAGAUUAUGCAGAUAUGGAAAGUGAAGAAAGAUGUUGUGUGAUAUUUUUUCCUGCAGAUAAUAAUAGCAUCAAAAUCCGUUGUGAGAGAAUUAUUUCAGACUGAGAAAGGGAAUAUAACUUCUCUCUGACAAACUGUUUAUGGCAGUAUAAAGCUGCAGUGAAUGUUCCAUGCUGUCGUCACCUUUACCUCUUGAGUGAUGUAGGUUCUGCAUCUUUAACAUCUGCACAGAUUGUAGAAUGCGGUAGUAGAUUAGCUAAGCCGUAGUGAAGACAUUAUCUGUCCUCGUAGAGCUAGAUUAUCUGUUAUUACAGACCUGCAAUGCGAUUCCAGCUCGUUUCAUCCACAGACCACCCUUAUCUAAGUAUUAAAAGGGGAUUCAUAUUUUUUUCUUUAUUUGCCUUAAACUUGGAGACGACUUCUCAAGAUAAAGCUGGCAGUUGUCUGCCGAGUGCCCACAAGCCCGUAAAGCUUGACGAGGAGGGACACCCGAGAAGACUACAAGGUGGGUGGGUAGGUAGGAAAAAGUGUGAGGCGUGGGUGGGGUGGGAUUGGGAUUUUAUGCUGAGGCGAUCCAGUAAGUACGGGUAUAUCACAGCUUGUAAACAGAUGCUACAUGAAGAGAAGGAACAGCCUGCCUGAGACGAGAUUUGAAAGCAGAACACUUGGUCCUUCCUGUGUUUGUGGCAAGGGCUAACCGCUGCUCCCCUCGGACCGAUGGGAAAAACGAAAUAUCCAUCGUAUGGGUGGGAACCACUUCGGAGACAGGGAUCCUAACUCGAAUAAGCGAGUGCUGGCCUCACCGAACACACUCACACAGAGCAACAUAGACAAAGUGCUUACUCGUACAUCUAUUCACACUGAAGGAUCUUUUGGAGGAAGGCAACACUUCCCAGUAUGUAGCCGGAGAUGAUUACUAGUGGCAAUAGUAACACCAGUGAUUCUCUUCCUUUUCUCUGGUCCUUCCUGCUUUUUUUUUUCCCAAAUUUCCAAAGGCGCCACAAGUCUUGAUAAAAAAAAAAAACCACCAAAAAACCGGUGAAUACACUGUCAGAUCUUUCUGUGUUCCAGACCCUUGCCCGCAUUUAUAUGUUUCAUAACAAUUAUUGACCGCAGCCAUCGUUGUUACCGCUAUCAUUGUAAUGUUCAUGUCACUAUGUGCAUCUAUCUGAGCAAUUACUGACCAUAUAUUGUUAUUACCGCUAUCAUUGUAAUUAUUGUGCCGCCAUAUGCAUAUGUGAUGACAAUUAUUGACCAUAGUCAUUGUCAUUACCGCUGUCAUUGUAAUUAUUGUGCCGACUUAUUCAGUGUCGAUGACGAUGACCAACACGCGAGUCUCGCUGACCAUCGGUCGUAGAUGUCGCUUGGCUCAUUUUCUCACCUGAGUAGAUUCCUUCAGCUGGCUUAAUUGUGUUUAGUCUCUUUUAAAUACUAAUUACACCAAAUAUUUAUGCAACAAAGUUUAAAGACGAGAAGACAAAGAAAUGUGAAAAUUCCUGUGUUUUGUUUAAUGCUCAAAAUGGUUUUUGUUUUAAAUAGGGAAACCUUUUUUUGAGGUACGAAGCUGCUAGGCACACCGGACACUACAGGAGGCAACGUGGACACAGUGAAAUGUUCUGAUGGGAUUAGUGCCCUCGUUAGUUUAUUUUUCUGAUUUUCUAUGGUUACUGCAUGCUGUCAAACGCGGUUUCUACUGUUGGGAACAAGCAUGCUUGGUUGUUGCGUUUAUUACUUUUGUUUGUUUAGAGCAGACUGAAGAAGACCCAAGAGAAAGACUUAUCGUAUUCAGGUAACAUCUUGAUGAAAGACUAUUGAUAUACCUAGCAUCAUGAGGGACACUCGUGUUUCAUGUAAACAAGUACUACUACGAGUCUAUGACUGCUGUCGCUUUUUACAAAUUAUGUUUCUGAUGCCAUGAUGUUGAUGCACAUAGGACUGUUAUUUGCUUCAGGUCACAAGGCUGUCUGUCCACUCCAGAAAUUCAUUGCCUUGUUGUCAACUACGAUUAAACACUGAAAUAAGGAA